AUGGCGGACGAAAUUGAAGAUGGAGGGCUGCAGGCAUCGGCGACCCGAGUCUCGCACAUAAAGAAACGAGCGUUGAAGAACAAAUCUCUGGCCAUAUCUUUCAACGAGAAGGAUCUCAGGGACUACGUCACUGGCUUCCAUAAGAGGAAGAAGAAGAGACGAAAGGAAGCUCAUAAGCAACAGGAGGAGGCUGCUCGACGGAAGCGCAUCGAACUGCGGCAGAAGAGGAGGUUGGAAGAUGAAUUUCAUAUGGACGAAGGAGCUCCCCCAGUGGAUGAAGUGAUCGAGGAGGAUGAUGAGGGCGCGGAAGAAAGUGAGCCUGUUGCUUCAGUCAGCGGGACGACAAUGUAUGACCACGGGGACUUGAAGGUAACAGUAACGACUAGUGAGAUCUCCAGAGAAGAUGACGACUCUGGACCAAACGAGACAACGCCAUCAGCCAUUGCAAAACCAAUCAUUAUUAAGAAGAAGAACCAGAAGCUACCCGUGAGUAAAAAACCAUCAUUCAAGCGAUCCUCCAAGCGCAAGACCCGAGCAAAGCCACAGACCAAAAGGGAUAAAAGGAAAGCGAAACUUCCGAGCUGGAAGUGA